UAUCUUUUGGUUUGUAUUGAUGUACUAAGUAGAAAAAUUUUUGCUGUUCCUGCCAAAUCUAAAAGAUCCGAAGAUAUGAUAGACGCGUUCAAAAAUAUUUUUAAGUUUUCAGAAGGGAUACUUCCGCAUAAAUUAUAUACGGAUCGAGGGUUAGAAUUUGAGGCAAAACGAAUGAAAGAAUAUUUUAAAAAGAAGGAUAUAGAUAAGCGUGUAGUCUAUAGUCCCGAUGUUCAUGCUUCUAUGGCUGAAAGGGCCAACCGUACAAUUAAAGAGAGAUUGUAUAGAUAUUUUAGCGAACAAAAUACGCUUCGUUGGAAGGAAGUUAUUCAAAAAAUAAUUGCAGGAAUAAAUGCAAGUAUUAAUCGAACCACAGGGGUAACCCCAAAUUCGGUUACAUUUAAAAAUGCUGGGAAACUAUUCAAUAGACUAUAUAAGGGCCCUGAAUUUUCACAAAAUACUAAAUCAAGCUCAAUACUGGAGCCAGAACAAAUUGUUCGUAUCUCAAAAGAAAAAGGUAAAUUCGAAAAGGGAUAUUUACCCAACUACACCGACGAAUUAUUUCGCGUGCAUAUCAAAAACGACAAUAGAUCACCCAUAA